UAGAACAUAUUACAUUCAUAAUGUAUUAGCAAUGUCUAAGUACACGUCAUAUCAAAGACGAUUUCAAUUUGUAUUAUUUAUUUGUUCAGCGUUCAGGUGUCAUGGACGGCGUCAGGGGGCGGGGCCAAACGUGUCUUCAUCAAUUUGAGCAGGCGCGGUCAAUUAGCGUUAGCCACUUGCUGUUAGCUGAAAGUUGUGCUUCCACUAACUUUCAUUCAAUCGUCUUGUUGUGCAUCUCAAACGUCCGUGCACCUUCGUUGGACUUGAAACGGAGAGUGACCGGCGUUUUCGAAGCUCAGUCAAUGGGGAGUCGACCGGAGUGACUGACUUCGGACUGUUUGGCGAGAGAGCGAGUCGUUCACCAGUUGUCACGUGCCAAUCUCUGAUGGGCUGAAAUAAGACGCCACACUCCAGUCAUGUCAGUGAUCUUUGGGCUUCCGGUGACAGGCUCCGAUGUGCAACUUGUCAUUACUCGGGUCCAUUUGCAUCCCCUGUCAGCGCUGGUGGAGUUCUGGGGUAAUUUUAACAUUAAUCGUUCAGAAGAUUACCAGACGCUGAGUAAAGCCAUUCAGUCUCCAGGGAAGUAUCUUUGUGCUGGUGAAGGAAAUGCAGGGGAUCAGUGUUUGGUGCAGAUAAAUGGCACGUGGUACAGAAGUCGUAUCGUCUUAAGGAGAGGAUACAACUAUAAAGUUUUCCUUAUUGACAGUGGCCUCACAUUCUGUACGACGUGCCAUGUCCUGGCAUGGGGAAAGAAGGAGUUUUUCAGGAUGCCACCUCAGGUGGAGUGCUGUGUCCUGGCAAAUGUUUUGCCAGUCUCUCCUGACAACAAGUGGUCUCCAGUUGCGGUCGAAUUUGUAAAAUCCUUCCAAGGCCAGCACGUGGACGCACAUGUGCAGGAAGUCCUGUCAUCGCACAGGACGUGGCUCCUUCACAUCCCAUUCAUAUCCAAACAAAUGUACGAGAUGGGAUUUGCCAAGAAACUCACGCCAAACAUGUUCCAGCAAUUUGUUAUGAUUGCAUUGCGGUCGCCAUCUGACGGCGAAGGUUCAUCUGAACAGAUUGCAAAUCCGGAAAAUGAGCGACUGCACAAGCAGGAGUUAUACAUGCAUCCAGAGAUCGUGGCAGGAACCGUGGAGACUGUGGUUGUGACGGAAGUGCGAAGCCCACAGAGGAUUUUCUGCCAGCUCAAGGUUUUUUCCCAAGAGGUGAAAAACAUUUCGGAUCAAAUGGACCAGUGCUACGGAGGCAGAAGUGCAAACUGCGUUGUCAAUCCAGAGAUGAUUGGGUUUCCAUGUGCCGCCAAAACAAAUGACGGCAUGUGGUACCGCUCAGUUCUCCAACAGGUUUUUGCAACAGAUAAAAUUGUGGAAGUGCUAAACGUUGACUACGGCACAAAAUGUCUGGUGAAAAUGGAGAAUAUCAGACCACUGUCCGCGAUGUUCUUCCGGAUGCCGGUUGUGACGUACAUCUGCUCUCUCCAUGGAGUCAUUGACAAUGGUGUGGGAUGGACGGCUUCCCAAUUGGACUAUCUCAAGAGCCUUAUUCUGCACAAAACAGUCGUCGCCAAAUUUGAGUACCAGAGCGUCUCUGAGGGAGUUUAUUACGUUACGCUCUAUGGAGAUGAGAACAUAAACAACCUGUUCAGCGCUAGGGGAAGCAUUUUCUUGGAGGGUGAAAAAACACAGGUGGGCUAUGCUCUUAACGCUACCACCCAAAAGCAUGGUUUUAAUGAUGUCGACAAGUUUGGACAAGGCAACAAAGGCUCCACUUGGCCUGCGGACGAAUUCCGUGUUAACUCAUCCCACUUGACGCUGGUGCAGCACGUGUCCAGUCCGUCGGAGUCAGUCACCCUGCUAAACCCUGUCGUUCAACCAGCUGUUGAUCACUGGAGUGAACAGGUGAAAGGAAAAUUCCACAGUUUUGUGGAGAGUGCCCAAUCAAAUGUGCCGCUAAAAUGCCCUGUCUAUGCUGUCAAGGACAAAGACAGUGAUGAUUACAAUGGGGUGGAUCGGGAAGCCCCUUUUCCUAGCGGCCUGGUUAAGGAUGCAAAACCAUCCCUUCAACUUGACUCCUACAUCUACUCAACACACAACAUCAAAAUGGGAACAGAGGAAGGUGUCACUGUGGUGUGCGUCAAGAGCGUCAGUCAGUUCUACUGCCAGUUUGAGAGAAACUCUGGCGUCAUGGAAGAUCUUAAACUGAAAGUCAACGCUCUUUGUCAUCAGUUAGAAACUGCGAAGAAUCAUGCUCCACUUGGCCCCAUCUGCUUUGCAAAGUAUUGUGAUGGACACUGGUACAGGGGCCAGAUUGUCACCACACAGCCAUCUACGGUUGUCCACUUUGUGGAUUAUGGGGACACAAUCAAAGUGGACAAAUCCGACCUGCUUGCUGUUCCCAAAGAGGCCAGCGAUAUCAUGAUGGUUCCCGUUCAAGCAGUCCUCUGCAGUCUGGCAGAUGUUCCCGAGGAUGUUCCCAAGGAGGUGAAUGAUUGGUUUGAAACAAGUUCCACUGACUGCAAGUUCAAGGCGCAAGUAGUCGCCAAAGAAUCUGACGGAAAGUUGCUUGUUGAACUCUAUUACAAAAGUGUGCAAAUCAACGCGAAGAUCAAGGAAAUGUUUAAGAUAGGUUUGCAAGCUGAGGAUAUUCUCAACAGAGAACAAUGGGUGUCUGCAAAAUGGGUGACCAGAACACAAGCAAGUGCCCCGAAUCAACAGCAAGUGAGAAGUGACAGUCGAAGAACACAUCCUUCUCCUCGAGCAAACGGAACGAGCGAGAGACGAUGCGAGUCAAAACUGCAAACUGCGCCAACACAAUCGAUAAACGAAGGGAAAAAGAGUGUCCAGGGGAGAAAGGUGGAGCUGUACAGACCUCCACACCAAAGACAGGGCAAUGGAAAACCCAGAAGUCUGCUCAAUGAAUCUCAGCAUCGUGGUUCCUUUAUCCUCUCAAAGGAACAAAGGUCACCAGAGGAUAGAAACUGGCGUGAGUCCAGUUCAACCCAGUCAGAACAGAAGCCCGCUGUGGACCGCUGCUCCAAGACUGAAGCGCUGCCUAAAAUCGGAGACCUGCCCACAAGACGUAUCAUCCCAGGCACAAACCUUGAUGUGUACGUUUCGCACUACAACAGUCCACUAAGCCUCACUGUUCAACUUGUCGAGGAGGAAGAGAAGAUUUUCGCCCUGGUUGACAAGCUCAAUGAUCCCAGUUCGUCCCCUGAAUGCAACAUCACCCACGUGGAGCCUGGUGAUCUAGUUCAAGCCGAAUUUGAAGGUGAUUCAUCUUGGUACAGAGCAGUUGUGCUUGAGGUUGACUCCAAAGGUGCAAUUCUAGUGGAGUUUGUGGAUUUUGGGAACACUGCGAAGGUCCCGAUGAGUAGGAUGGCCAGGCUGCCCAGAGCUUUGCUGGAGUACCCUGUGUACAGCACACACUGCAUGCUGAGUGAGGCUGCAGGACUGAAGAACCCUGGACUUGAUGCACAAGUAUUGUCGUCUUUUAAAGACACAGUUGAAGCCAUUGGUGAAAAGCAGAUCAGGUGCAAGUUUGUGAAACAGUUGGGAUCUGUAUGGGAAGUCUCGCUGGAAGGUAUUGUUGUGAACGUUGAGAGCAAGACAUCUGCUGCUUCUCUGGAUGAUGACGUGGUAGUCGCACAAGAUGAAAAGUUGGCUAAAGGUGACUCAGAGUUAGACAUCUGUGUGCGACGCUACCUACAGCCAGAUGUCCAAGAAGGAAGCCAACUGGUGGUUUAUAUCACAAAUACAAACGAAGACCAAACAUUUUGGUGUCAUUCAGCCGACACUAAAGUCCUGGACAGCAUCACCUCACGUGUGUCUGAAGUUGGAGAGUCAGCAAAUUGUGGCCCUUUUGACAUUAGCGCGUUGUCCAGUGGAUCUCCAUGCAUUGCUCUUUUUCCAGAGGACAGUUUCUGGUAUCGUGCUGAAGUUGUCGACAUACAUGGAGAGGAGCUCUCAGUUUUCUAUGUAGAUUAUGGGAAUAAGGCCACAGUGAGGGUAACAGAUCUCAGACAAAUCCCACAAGAUCUACUCGACACUCCGUCACUGGCGUUCCUGUGUGUCCUUGAAGGUGUCGACUCUCUGCACGGAUCCUGGCAGAGUGGUGCCGUUGAUGAGUUGGUCUCACUUGCUGCUCACAAAGAGUUGCAGCUUACGGUCACUAAACUAGCGAGAGAAAGCCACCCAAUGUUGUGCAACGUGAAACUGGAAUGUGAAGGUGUCAUGAUGAAUGAUGCCCUAAAGACCUGGUGGAAGACCUGCACGCCACAAGCAGACUCUGAAGCUCAGCCAGGUGACUCCGCAGUCGUCCAUAUCACCAGUGAACCACUAACUGAGAUUUUGGAGCCUCUGACAGACGAGAGGAGUGAAGAAGACUUCCACUUAAGCAGGACAGGUGAAGAUGGUGGUCAAGGCAGGGUUGAGUGUGAGGAAGAGACAGGCAAGAUCAGUGGCACUGAGCCACAACUGGACUCAACCAGAGAACAUGAAGUCAUGAACAUGAAGUUCAUGGAGCGUCUUUCUCAUGAAACCGUGAUGGAAAAACCCUUAACAUCUCCUACACAGGAGCCUUCUGCUGUUGAAGUCCGAGAUACACAGGUGCCAUGUGACUCUUCAGCAUUGAGUGAAGAUGCUGAAGAGAAUUUGAUGGAAGAUUCCGAUUUAAAAACUGACGAUGAAUUGUCCGACUUCACCACGGCUGCAUCCUGUGAGUUGACGCUUGGUGAUGCUGAGACUAGGCUGAAGAGUCCAUAUGAAGAACCGUCACCCAGCACCAGCGACAUCAUUAUUCCAGCUGGAUUGCAUCCCAAAACAGAGAAGAGAUCAGUCAAGCUGAUUCCCAAAAAAGGCAGUACGUCUGACGGAAACGCUCUGCUUGCGAGGGAUAAUGGGGAAAUCCUAGAGUCAAAUCUGGUUCAUAGUGAGUGUCUGGAGCCGUCAUCCGUGUCUCCUGCUGAACUGUUACGUGACAACAAUCUGAUUGGCUGUAGUGGAGCUCCUCCUGAGGUGGAAGUGGAAACUGAUGAACCUCUGCCAGAGGGAAGUGGCAAGGUUGGCGAGCCGACGAUGCAGUCCGAGUCCAUAGUUGAAGACGUGGGCCAACACAGAGCAGGACAGACAGUUGAAGCGGAUGAUCUCCGGCCAUGCGACACCCCUCUGGUUUCUUUAUUAGACACACAGAAUGAGUCGGUGAGUCCAGAUGAACUCUUACCCCCUCACAAGGAUGAGCUAUCAGAACUGAUGUCCAAGGCUGAGGAUCUUCCACCGGACGAGGUCCGGCAACAUUUGCUGAUCGAAAAGGAUGACUUGGUCACCGAAGGGGCCAUUUUGGUCCUUCAUCAGAACAAAGAUUCAGAGGUCGAGGUUGAACCUAGUGAUCUGGCUCUGGACCAAGUACCUCAAGAUUGUUCAUGUUAUGAGAGUGACUGCUUGAUGGAAGAUAAACCGUGCCGAGAUGAGGCUCAACAUUCAGACCCUACAGAGCUGCAGCAUGUCGAGGGUGUUCUUCAGUCACUUCAGGUCCUUCAGGAUUCUGCUUUGGAGAAGGAUGACUUGAUGACCGAAGAUGAACUGGAAGUCUGUCCCCAAGCUGAUGACUCGGGGAUUCCACCCGACGAUGUGCCUCAAGACACAUCUCCAGAUAAGGAGUUGGAAACUGAAGAUUUGAUCUCCUUUCUCCAGAGCGAUGAACUUAUACUAGGUGAUCCAUCACAGAACCAAACUGAAGCAGGUGACCUCCCACCCCGUACAGUGACUGAGAGCAAGGUUGUGACCGCAUCUGAGGAAGAUGACUCGAAGCUUGAGGAGGAGCCUUCUGCCUCCUCCUAUGACACAGGCAGACACUCAAACAAGAUUGACGAGUUGGUGUGUCUCUUCCAUGACAUAAGUCUGUCAGAGAUGAGGAAAGGUCAAGGUGUUGAUGAUGAGCGUGCAGACUGUGUGGGAGACGAGCUGAGGAAACCGCAAGAGGAUUUCAAUGACAGCCUGCUGGAAGAAGCUUCUUCUUUUGCUGAUGAAGGUGUUGACUGUGAGCUGCAGAAGCUGGUUGGUGUUUCUCUGAGGGAGGAGUAGGAAGCGCCGACCAGACAUUGCUCUGUUAAGUUACCGUCACAAACACGUUUUGAGUUUAUUAUUGUUGGCCGAGUUGGUGGGUCACCGGUUUGUUGGAGCUGUGAUUGCAUGUUUAGGUUUGUUACACAAGAGUUUGCAAGAUACAUUUUUGUUGGCAGAAUAAAUAUCAAUGGUUUGUGAUAAAUUGUUU